UGCAAAGUAACCAAUCCACAAAGACCAACUUGAAGGAGAGGCCUUUGCAGUGUUGAAGAGUACAGCCAAUCGAUAAUAACACAAGCUCCACUUUUAGCAGUAGUUCCCGAAGCUGUCGCCCCUGAAGUCAGUUUCCGCGACGGUCAGACGCGCUGGGCGCACGGGGGCGUUUCUGCUGGGCAGAUCGCGCAUGGGUACUGGUGGCCUGGUUUUUUCUUCUCCAAUCGAAAUGGCUCACGAAGAUUCUGUCGUUAUUAUUUCCUCAUCCCCCGAUUUUCCAUCGAUUUGUGACCUUCUGCCGAAAGCGACCAAGAAGCCCCCAUUGCGAAGUGGCAGCAAUGCCGCCCUAACCCCUUACGAUGCGCCCGUCACAUUCACCAGCGCCGCAAGCCAGUUGAAGUCGUCGCAUGCUUCUCAAUCGGAGCGCACGAGUCCGCGCAAGACACAGGUUGUGUCGGGCGUGACAGUUACGAAGUCACACGCCCGCAAUCCUCCGACCGAGCGACCGCCAGAACCCAAUGCGCAAGGCACGAACCUCGAAUCGAAAGAGGCGAACGAAAAACUGAAUGAAACGGGGAUUGUCACAAAGGGGAGGAGGAGCGCAAGACCUGGAUCCCGGGAAGUGGCAGCGGAGCCCAGGACAAUUGUGUCAGUCGACGAGGUUCAUCCGCAGCCUGGGGGGGGGUUAAGUCCAGUCCAAGGUUCAGCCGAGGCGGAAAACACGCUACCGAAGUCCAGAGUCAGGACGACAGUAAAGGAACGGCGACCCAAAAAGAGGACCGAGACCGUCAGCCGACAUUUUGCUCCUCAGGGUUCUGCGCCGAAGCCUCUACCCGAGUUGAUUGCGGAUCCGAUUGAAGAUGAAUCGGUCAUGCUUGAGCCCGCGAUGAGGCGGAAGAGGGAUUGGACGCCUCCUCGUGAGAGUGUGCGAAGUUACUGUUCAGCCGACUCUUCCACGACGAAGGAACCACAGUCUUCGCAGGACAAUAUCUUCGAAACGCUCCAAGAAACGUAUGGAUUCGUUGCGGACCCUGCCACGCAUGUCAAAGUCACAUUGCCCCUUCCGGAUACCGAGGUCCUUGGAAAACGAAAAAUCAUCGAAAUGGCCUCAAUAGGGAACAAGCAAAAAUCACCAGACGCCUCCCCCACAAAGCCGAAAGCACCAAAAAAGAGACCCCGGACGAUCACGGACCUGGCGACAGCGGCUUACCGUCCGUCAGAGAAGCAGAGUGUCCCUUCUGCGGAGACGCGCACGGGUUCUUUGUUUACCUACCUUGAAUCACCCAAAGAGCAGGCAACAAUCGCGCCGAAAGAUGCAAGUGCCAAACCGAAAGCCUCGAGAGGUACCAAGGCAAAGGCUGGCAAGAGAAAAGAGCAGCCUCCCAAACCUAUCCUUCUCUCCCCGACCAGUGCUAUGCGACAAGUGGCCAACCAAGACUUCGUGUUUGGGACAGCGAGCCAGUUGGCCACCGAAGACGACCCCGUACUUCUCCGGGCGCUGCACGAGGCUAUGCAAGUGUCAAAUCAAGCUGAUAGUGGCUCGGAUCUCAGCCCCAGCCCUAAGCCUGUGAACAGCAAGCUCGCCGGGCGCAAAAGGCCAGGCGCGGGACUUUGGGCCGCUGGCGCUCGCUACGAUGACGGUGACCUGGGUGUGGAUGUGCUGGAUCUGACACGCUCUUCUCCUCUGCUUCUGGAUAAAAGUGCCCCGGAAGAUCUAUAUGCGAAUCAUGAGCCAGCACUUUCAGUCCUUUCACAUAAAAAGGCCGGCAUGGAAGUCGAGCUGCCAGAUGACAGUUUUGCUCUCAGCAGCUCGCCGCCAGUCGGUCGCCACAAUUCUUCACCACCCUCCGCAUCACGCAACAUUCGGCAAGCGGUGGUGCAACGUGAUCAGGGGAGUUCUUCAUUGAAUAACCAUCCGCAGAUUACUCCAGAAGAAUCGGAUUUGGGGCCACCGCCGAGUAACCAGGAACAAUACGACGAGCUUCUGCUGUCACAAUCCAACAGCUCACGACAAGAGGAGCCUGUGAGGCCCCCAGCACCGAACUAUGAGAUGUACAGUGAUGCACGUCUUGCCAAGGAGGUUGCGUCCUACGGUUUCAAAGCGGUAAAGAAACGGACGGCAAUGAUAGCGAUUCUGAAACAGUGUUGGGAGAGUCAAAACAAGACGACAUUUGGAAGUAGAGCUACCUUUGCCGCCAUGUCGACAUCAUCUACAAACGGCAGUGGCUCAUCUCCCAAGCCCAGGGACCGGGCUGGAAGGAGCACUACGGGUCCGAGGUCCGGUCUUGAAGGGCCGGCGCCAAGUACUCGCCGUGGGAAAAAAUCGGUUACAGCUGGUGCCGCCGCCGAGACCGAAGCACCCCAACCUAUGAAGCGGCCCCGCGGAAGACCAAGGAAGAGUUCUACGGCAUCGUCUGUUUCGAAUACUACAGAAGCACGAGCAUUCUCGCCAGCGAAUUCCGGGCGAGAUAUUCCAGCUUCUGUCAGGGACACUGAGAGCGAAGGGGCUCGCGUCGAAAAGCGUGCACAGGGCCAGACAGGGAUUGAUAACGGUGCAAUUUCCUCAAACCAGGCACCGGGGGUAAGAACGGCAACAUCUCCGAAGAACGCCAGAUGCUCGCCGAAGCGAAACAACCCUGCUCCAUCCACACCGGGGGGAAAGUCCUCGUCAAAACAGGUCCUUGAAAUCCCCGACUCGGACUCGGACGAUCCCUUUGGCUCAACCCCAGGUUCGUCACCAGAAAGGUGGGCUGACGCGUUCUCGCCACCGCCAGCAAUGGAUCUCUCGGUGACUGAAGAUACCGAGACGUCGCUCAUAGCCAGCCCGACGAGCCACCAGGUGUCCCUCUUCCGGUACAUUACCAAAGCGAUUGUCAAUGCGCCACGAGCGACAAACCCGGAGGAGCCGAGCUGGUACGAAAAGAUGCUCAUGUACGAUCCGAUCAUUUUGGAGGAUCUGACUGCAUGGUUGAACUCGGGGCAGCUAGACAAAGUGGGAUAUGACGGGGAGGUAUCUCCUGGCGAUGUCAAGAAGUGGUGCGAAAGCAAGAGCGUGUGUUGCCUCUGGCGGGUGAAUUUGAGAGGGCAGGAGAGGAAGAGGUUUUGAAAACUUUUCCUGGCCAAGGUACAGCUGGCUGCACUGCGUGAAUGCGUGGAGUGGUCGAACGGAAAGAAGCUUGGGAUAUUAUUAAGCGGCAGCAAGGGUGACGCUUCUGAUGAAAACAUUGGCCACCACACGAGCAAGCUCUUUUUCUUGUCAUACUAAUAACCUGCAGUACUAUUCUCCAUCAAUCCGUCACGUCACGCUGUAUCCGUAUCCUUGUCCUACCCGCCAUUGUCCUCCGUUUCCCCAGAUCUUAGAUCGGCGCCGAGUGGGG